AUGUUCAAUGCUGGGAGAUACUUCAGAGCAAGGUACUACAAGAAGAAGAACAUAUUUCAUGUAAAGGGGAGCAGACAGUUUUAUGGAUUCGCCAAAUGUAGGAAGGUGCACACGAAUGCCAUAAAGAGAAAAGAUAGAAUAAAAAGGGGGAAGUUUUUACAAUUGAAGGAAAAGCUGCAACUCAUCAUUUUCAGCUCCGUGUACUUUUUUGCAUGCGACUAUGUAUACCAUGUGUAUGUGCUGAGCGGCAACACGAGCAGGGGCGCAAACCGUCCCUCCAACAACAGCGGUGAAGACGCGAAAAAUGACGCAAAAUGCAAAGACGAGGACGCCGGUGGGAAGGGGGGGGUUGUCACAACCGUGAUGGAGUAUAUCAAAUGGAUGAACAUAUUUUCCAGUGCACAGGGGAAGGAUAGCGAACAAUUAAAACAACAGGACAGUGAAUAUAGAAAAAAAAGUGACUGCAACAAAUUGAAGGAUCAAAAAGAUUCCCAUAAAAAGGAUCAUCUCUCGAUUGACAAAGGUGAUGUAAAAAUUUGCAGUGCAUGUGAGGAAGACCCAUACGAAAUAAAAAUAAAUCGCUUUAAGAGAAGCAGCGGGAAGGAGGAAAAUAGUCAAACGGGGAAACCUGACCAAUAUGGCCAAUCAUUCUAUUCCACAAAUCAGAGAGAUCAACCAUAUGGCCAUGACCGGAGUGGCAGUGGACGAAGUCACCCUAACAAUGGUACGCCCCAGAGGAGCAGCAUCGGAGGAGAGGAAAAAAACAUGAAGGAUCUAAUUGUGAGCAACUUUUACAGGAAUGAUAUUUUCAACGGGUGCAAUUUAUUUCUGUUCGCCAACGGGGUUGUGUUUUUAUUGUGGCGUCUAAGCGAUAUUGCAGGAAAUAAAAAACUUUUCCACUUCAUGUGCAGGAACUUUAUCUGCUCCUAUGAAAAUAUUAGAAGAAAAUAUUACCACACGUUUUUUACAGCCGCCAUUAGCCACAUCACUUUUCCACAUUUUUUAUUUAACAUGUGGGCAUUUCAUACCAUAAGUAACACCCUCCUCAGUCCAGAAAUUAAAGAGAACAAGACAAAUUAUUAUUUUUUUUUUAAUUACAAAUCCAGCGUUUUGGAAAAAAAAAUGACAGACAGGGAUAUCACAAAAAUAUAUGUCUUAUCUUCCAUCGUUUCGACUGUCCCAUAUAUUCUUUUACACAAAAGCAAUCAAUUGCUAGGAGCAUCUGGAGCUGUUAUGGGUCUUGUGUAUAUCUUAUCCACAGUUAAACCAAAUGAGGUCUUCGUCUCCUUAUUCCCUCUACCAUACUUGAAGAUGACUUCCCUACAGCUAUGCCACCUGUCCAUUUUAACCAAUUUUGUAUUCCUUUUUUUUAGAAGAAAUCACUUCAACAUUGCGUGGUUAGCACAUUUAUUUGGUUUAAUGGGAGGCGCAUUGUAUAAUUUUUACCAGAGGAAAAUAAACAGUAAUAUGAAUUACUACCCCUUUAUUGAAUUGUCCCUAAAAAAUGGACCCAUUGAUUAUCUCAAUUCUUACCUAGACUUUGUGGAUUUUCUCAAAUGUCUUCAGCUACAAAUUAGGAUCUUCUUUUCCCUCGAUCCACGCACCAUGCAAACCAUGAACAGGAAAAUCAUCUCCAUUAAAAAUAUGCAGUCGCAGAGGCGCAUGAAGUACCACAAGUUGAAGGUUAAAAAUUUGGAGGCCAUGUCGAGGUGA